UAUUCCGCAAGCAUACGAGUACUUAUCAUUGUGCGUAGCGGUAUCUUUCAUAACAUUCACGUAAAAUACUUUAAUGUACUUAUGAAUAAACUGAAUGUGUGUCUUUGCCAUUGCUGUCAUUUAUUUGAUUUGUUAUUUAAAAUAGUGAAAAGGGUUCUAUUGAUUUUAUAAACUGCUUCGUUUAAAGAAAAAUUAUUAAAAAAAUUUUCUAGUAUAAAUAAUAAAAUGGACGGAAGGCAUCACGACUCCGAAAAAGAAGAAUUCCGAAGGGCAACAAUGCAAGCUAUUGGUAAACAAAACAAUGAACGCAGUUUAAUGAAUUUUGUGCGAGCGAUUUUUGGAGUUUCAAACGAACUUGUGACGGACAAACCAAAUCACGAGGAGAUAUUUAGCGCUUUAAGUGAAGCUAAGCGCUUGGAAACCUUGAAAGGCAAAGAAGUGAAGCCGGAAAAAACUGAUAAAUCUGAACCCGAACUGGACAAGGGAAAAAAAAUGCUAACCAAAGGCGCCUUAAGGCGACAAAGGGUACGAGAUAAUCUCGCCAAACGCAAGCAAAAGUUUUCACAAUUGAACUAA